AUGCAUCUUACUUCAGUUAUCACCAUUCUUUCCGCCCUGAGUGUUGUCUCAGCGUCGCCCCGUUUCGGUGCCAAAGGCCAUCACUUUCGUCGCCAGUCCCCCGUGGCAAAGGGCACCAAGAACCCAUUCGAAGGCAAAAAGCUAUACGCCAAUCCAGACUGGGCUGUGAAGCUUGAACAGACCUACGAGUCGUUUGUUGCCCAAGGUGACGCCGAGAACGCUAGUAAAGUUCGGACAAUUCAAGACAUUGGUAGCUUCGUCUGGAUCUCCAACACAGCUACCCUAGGUGAUAUCGACACGGCUAUUGAGCGUGUGCGUGCGAUCAAGAAGGAAACCGGGGAGGACCAGGUUCUCGGCCUGGUGCUGUACAAUCUCCCUGACAGAGACUGCAGCGCCGGCGAGAGUGCGGGUGAGUUUAGCAGCGAGAAGAACGGACUGGAGCUAUACAAGGAAACGUACAUCAAGCCAUACGCUGAGAAGCUGGCUGCCGCGAGCGAUGUUACGUUUGCUGUUGUUUUGGAGCCAGACUCCCUUGCGAACUUGGUGACGAACUUGAACAUUGAGUUCUGCGCCAAGGCUGCACCGAUUUAUGAGGAGGGCAUUGCGUAUGCAAUCUCUCGCUUGCAGUAUGAUAAUGUCAACCUGUACAUCGACGCUGCCCAUGGUGGGUGGCUCGGUUGGGAUGACAACCUGGCACCAUCGGCCAAGCUGUUUGCCAAGGUUGUCCAAAAGGCUGGCAACAGCACCAAAAUCCGUGGCUUUGCAACCAACGUCUCCAACUACAACCCUUUCCACGCCAACCCUCGGGCCAACUACACUGAGUGGAGCAACUCCUACGACGAGAACAACUAUGCACUCUCCCUUUCUCCUCACCUUGAGGCCGAGGGUUUGCCUUCCCGAUUCAUCAUCGACCAGGGCCGUGUUUCCAACAGCAGAAAGGAGUGGGGUGAGUGGUGCAACGUUUACCCUGCCGGCUUUGGAAUUCAGCCUGGCACGCCAGUCAACAACACUCACAUCGAUUCUAUUGUUUGGAUCAAGCCUGGCGGUGAGAGUGACGGACGCUGCGGACUGGAGGGCGCACCAGCGGCUGGCCAGUGGUUUGAUGAGUAUGUUCAAAUGCUCGUUAAGAACGCCGACCCUUCCAUCGUCGCGAGCAAGGCUCGGAAGUAG